AUGAAACACAGCAUCUUUCAGUGUGAGCACCCUGAGAGGGGGUCAUGGGUCCUGCAGUGUGAGCACCCUGAGAGGGGGUCAUGGGUCCUGCAGUGUGAGCACCCUGAGAGGGGGUCGUGGGUCCUGCAGUGUGAGCACCCUCAGAGGGGGUCUGAACUGCAGUGUGAGCACCCUCAGAGGAGGUCGUGGGUCCUGCAGUGUGAGCACCCUGAGAGGGGGUCCUGGGUCCUGCAGUGUGAGCACCCUCAGAGGGGGUCAUGGGUCCUGCAGUGUGAGCACCCUGAGAGGGGGUCCUGGGUCCUGCAGUGUGAGCACCCUCAGAGGGGGUCAUGGGUCCUGCAGUGUGAGCACCCUGAGAGGGGGUCCUGGGUCCUGCAGUGUGAGCACCCUCAGAGGGGGUCAUGGGUCCUGCAGUGUGAGCACCCUCAGAGGGGGUCAUGGGUCCUGCAGUGUGAGCACCCUCAGAGGGGGUCGUGGGUCCUGCAGUGUGAGCACCCUGAGAGGGGGUCCUGGGUCCUGCAGUGUGAGCACCCUCAGAGGGGGUCGUGGGUCCUGCAGUGUGAGCACCCUCAGAGGGGGUCAUGGGUCCUGCAGUGUGAGCACCCUGAGAGGGGGUCGUGGGUCCUGGAGGUGGAGUGCUCCUCUCUCUCCUCAGCUGCAUUCACGGCGUGUGUAAAAGUGUCCGAGUGUCUCCACAUUAUGUCUGUGUCUCACUGA